AUGUACAUGCGCCGCGGCAGCAAGCGGUCCCUGCAGGCCUACCAGUCCGGCUCCGGCGCCGGCGGCGGCUGCUCCAGCGCAGACGGCAAGAGCCCGCCCAGCUCCGGCGACGAGAACGCGUCCAACGGCGUUGACCUUCUCUCCGGGCAGCACGACGACGACAAGUGGGCCGACUCGCUCGCCUCCCCGCCCCGCCCCGUGCCGGCCGCGGCGAAGCCGGCCUUCAAGCUGCGCCUUAUGCACGAGGAGCCAGAGACGGCCGCCGAAGCCGCGGCGCGGGCGGCCGAGGCUCAGCAGCGCGCAGGCGCGCGCGCAGACGCGCAGGCCUGGGACUGCGCCAAGUUUCAGGUGCGGCUGCAGCAGGCCAUCAAGGCGGCCGACGAGGGCGCGGGCGGCGACGCGUCGGCGGCCGCCGGCCGGGUCUCGGCUCGACUGAGCAGCGGGAAGGCCAGGGCCGCCAUCAAGGAGUCGAUCGACGACGGCAACCGCGACGACCGCGGCCAGGUGUGCGCGGGCCGACGGCAGGGGCAGCAGAACCACGACGGGUCGAUAUACGUCACCGGGCCGUGCAAGGCGCGUGCGCAAGGCGUGCUCGGCACGAUGCCCACCGCUGAAGCGGAGGAGGCGCUGCUGACGACGCUUGUCACUGAGGUCGACAUGUGCCUGGAGCUCCCCGCCCUGCAGGACGCUGUCGUCGCGGCGCACUCGGCGCAGCGCGCCGGCACAACCACCGUCGCCGGCGGCGGCGGGCAGAUCCGUGUGGUCAGCCGGGCCGUCAAGGCGUUGCGGGAAGUUGAGCGCUUCAAUGCCGCGCGCGAGAGGGGCGAGGUGCCGCCGCACGUCCUGGCGCAAGCCGCCGCAAACAAGGCGGCGGCAGAGCGGCAGCGGACGCGAGCGGAGCUGUGGGAGGAGGUUUGCGGCGCAGCGACUUUGAUGGCGGCGGCGGCGGCGGCGGUGGAGGAGGAGGAGCCCGCCGGCAUGGAGGAGGAGGAGGGCGACGAGGAGCCCCUCGCCGACCCCGACCAACUGGCGGCGGCGGCGGCGGCGGUGGAGGCCGAGGAGGCAGAGGGCAGCGAGGCCGCGGCGGAGGUGGGCGCCGCCAGCCACCCGCGGGCGCCGACCUGCACCCGCUUUGCGCUCGCGCAGCUGGGGCAGCUCUGGCGCGACGCUGGCCUCAUCGGCCCCGCGGCCGAGGUGCGCGAGCAUUUCGGCACGACUCCCCUUUGGCUGCUCCGGCACGUCGGCAUGCGGCUCGCGAUACAGCGGCGGCGGCUGGCGGCGGAGGCGGUGGCAGGGCUUGACUGCUCCUACCUCCUACGGCUCGGCAUGCAGGACGUGCUCAUCGGCUACAACGACAAGCUCGACAUCGCGACCGGCAUCCUCCCCUCGGGCCGCGUGAUGGGGCGCAUCGGAAUCAUCAACUGCUUCAAGUUCGUCUCCUCGCUGCCGCGGGUGCGGCCGGGCGCGCUGUCCGUCAAGCCGCGGCGCAAGCUCUUCGAGGAGUACCUUCGCCUCAAGGAGCAGUCGCAGGCGGAGGUGGGGCGCGCCAUCUUCGGCGAGGGCGACGGCUCGGCGCGGCUUCGCGGCGGCCUCAAGGAGUGGGCGGGGCGGCGGAGCCUCGGCACGGACGCGGUCAAGGAGGCGGCCGAGGCGGUGAAGACCUUCCUCGCCGCCGUCGACUUUGAGGAGCUGCGCGCCGAGGCAGGCGCGCAACAGAGCGCCAGCAGAGCGCCGCGCUCGCCUGCCGCGCGCGCACACACCACAGGCAUUCAAUCACCGCGCGUGUGUGUGUGCGACGCAGGGGCGCGGCGCGAGCAGGACGCCCCGGCGGCGGACGCGGGCGCGGGCGCGGACGACGAGCAGCGCAAGCUCUUCGAGGAGUACCUUCGCCUCAAGGAGCAGUCGCAGGCGGAGGUGGGGCGCGCCAUCUUCGGCGAGGGCGACGGCUCGGCGCGGCUUCGCGGCGGCCUCAAGGGGUGGGCGGGGCGGCGGAGCCUCGGCACGGACGCGGUCAAGGAGGCGGCCGAGGCGGUGAAGGCCUUCCUCGCCGCCGUCGACUUUGAGGAGCUGCGCGCCGAGGCAGGCGCGCAGCAGAGCGCCAGCAGAGCGCCGCGCUCGCCUGCCGCACCCCAUGGCCGAUCACCCCGCGCGCCUAGCCUACUCGUGUACGACCAUGACGCGCAGGGGCAGGGCGGCCUCCUCUUCAAGCGCGAGAUCGGGUCUUUCUUCCAGAGCGACAUCUCGAUGCGGGAGGGCGAGGACGGGCCGAUGAUCCUAGACCUGGACAUCGGGCGUGCGAUGCAUGAGCUUGCCAUGAAGACCGGCGCAUACACGCACCGCGCGGGUGGCGUCGAGCAGCCCAUCGCAGGUCAGAGCGAGCAGGCGAAGCUCAUCGUCGAUGCGCUGCGCCGCGCGCUGCUUACGGACGCCACUCUGUCUUCGGCAUGCGGCGGCUCGGCGGUGCUGAUGGCGCAGCCAUUUGUGCUCGUCGACUCUGCCGGGGAGGUGCACGGCAGACCAGACAUGGUGGCUUUUGCACUGCAGCAUUCCGCGGUCCUCGCGUACAUCUCCAAGAUCCGCACCAAGAAGGAGGAGUGA